AUCCUCGACGACCACCAACCACUGAACUUUGUUCACCCACACCACUCGAUUAUUCACCCUGACGAACUUCUCCGAAUUCAACAUGUCUGCUAGCCGUGGAGGUGUUAUGGCCGCCGCCUGCGUCGGCGCGAUCGCGCUCUCUGGCGUCGCCAUGUACGCGCAGGGAAGGAACACGAAGGCCCACGAGGGGAAGGAGAUGACCAUGCACGGCGAUGGCCCCUCGCCAACAGGCAAGGGUCCGGGCACCGUCCGCGGCAUGUCCUCAGCUGAGGUGUCCGACGCUGUCUCCCACGUUCCGCGCCCCGGUGAGCGCCAGGAGAUGAAGGAGCGCGCUCAGCAAUAGAUCAUCGUACAAGCCCGGCGAGGCCAAUCUGAAAUACACCUGUGUAUUAUAGACCAUGUACCAUAUACCUGCCAUAAUUCCUUCCUCUCGCACUGGACGAGGACAAAGCUGCC